GUGUGUCUUGAGAGUAAAGCAAAUAUGGCAAACUCCCAAAUUCAAAAGGUGGAAGCCAAUGUGCAUAUCAAGGCUUCUGCAGAAGAGUUCCAUGAUGUUUUAUGCAACAGGACACACCAUAUUGCCAACAUUUUACCUCAAAAAAUAAAAUCUGUUGAAAUUCAUAAAGGUGAAUGGGGUACUGAGGGAUCCAUCAUCUCCUGGAACUAUUUACACGCAGAUGGGAAAAUUUGUGUGUCUAAGGAGGUGAUUGAAGGCAUAGAGAAAGAAAACAAUAAAACGAAGUUCAAGGUCAUAGAUGGUGACCUAUUGAGGCAUUACAAGAGUUUCAUGUUUAUAGGGCAAGCUACCCCAAAGGAAGAUGGAAGUGUUGUGAAUUGGGUGUUAGAAUAUGAGAAACAAAAUUCCCACACUCCUGACCCUUACACCUUGUUGGAAUUGGUAAUUGAGAUGACCAAAGAAAUUGGUGCUUAUCUUACUCCACCCACCAUAACUAAAUAAUGCCAAUAUUAUCUAUGGCUUAUGCUAUAUAUUUGCUAUAUGAGAAAUAAAAAAAUAAAAAAAAUGAUGCCUUAUGUGGCUUAAUAUAUAUAAUCCCAUCAAUUAUAAAGCUUAAAAGCUUAAUAAGUUGCAUCAACCAUGACUAUAGGUAAGAGUUGGGUGCCUACUUUACUUAUGUUGUGUCUUUGUAAACUAUGGUUUGAUUAUGAUUAUAAUUAUGUUUCAAAUCUCUCUUUAUUUUUAUGUA